GCAGCAGCAGAGAGAGAGAAACACACACACACCGACUACUAGCAUGAGCCGCUAGCAACAGCAAACACAGUUUGUCAGUGUUAGUGUUCGUUUCAAGUAGCGUCGGAUUGACAUAGCAACACAACAAAACAAAACAACGAUAUUUUCUAUUAAACCUCAUGGCGCUGAGUCGGGCACUGGUCCAUGAAAGGUUUUGGAUACACAGAGAGUGGCUGGUCCACCAGGGACAUUAUCAGGUACUGGAGCACAGAUAACACCUUCCAAAUUGAUAAACCAUGAUCCCUAUCACUGAGUUGCGGUACUUUGUGGACACACAGCCAGCGUACCGCAUCCUGAAACCAUGGUGGGAUGUGUUCACCGACUAUAUCUCCAUUGUUAUGCUGAUGAUUUCCGUGUUUGGAGGGACACUGCAGGUCACCCAGGACAAGAUGAUCUGCCUGCCUUGCAAAUGGGUGGUCAAUGAGACCUGUAAGAAGAACUUCAAUUCCACUCUCGCUACAUCACUCUACUUGGAGCCCAAAGGGAUUCAAUACAAUCUGGACCGCCACCAAUAUAACUAUGUGGAUGCUGUUUGCUAUGAGAAUAGAUUGCACUGGUUUGCCAAGUAUUUCCCGUACUUAGUAUUACUUCAUACCCUGAUUUUCCUAGCAUGCAGCAACUUUUGGUUUAAAUUUCCACGGACUAGUUCUAAACUAGAGCACUUUGUAUCAAUCUUGCUGAAAUGCUUUGACUCUCCUUGGACAACUAGAGCACUGUCAGAGACUGUGGUUGAGGAGAGUGACCCUAAACCAAUGAAGAUGAACGGCUCAAUGGACCACAAGGAGUCUGUCAUCAGUGAGGAUGUUGAAGCCAGUGUUCCUAUGCUCCAGAGGACAAAGACGCGCCUUGAGCAGGGCAUUGUAGAUAGAACAGAGACAGGUGUUUUGGACAAAAAAGAGGGCGAACAAGCAAAAGCACUGUUUGAAAAGGUUAAGAAGUUCCGCAUACAUGUUGAAGAAGGAGACAUCGUGUACAGACUCUACAUCCGUCAGACGAUCAUCAAAGUCAUCAAGUUCAUUUUGAUAAUCUGCUACACAGGGUAUUACGUGCAUGAUAUUAAAUUCAGUGUUGACUGUUCAGUGAACAUAGAGAGUCUGACGGGUUACAGCGUGUACCGCUGUGCUCAUCCAUUGGCUACACUUUUUAAAAUCUUAGCCUGUUUUUACAUUAGCUUAGUGGUUGUGUAUGGUUUGAUCUGCAUGUACACACUUUGCUGGAUGCUUCGGCGUUCACUAAAGAGAUACUCCUUUGAGUCAAUACGUGAAGAGAGCAGCUACAGUGAUAUUCCUGAUGUGAAGAAUGACUUUGCAUUCAUGUUGCACAUGAUAGAUCAGUAUGACCCUCUAUACUCCAAACGCUUUGCUGUAUUUCUCUCAGAGGUUAGCGAAAAUAAGCUGAGGCAGCUGAACCUCAACAAUGAGUGGACACUGGAUAAGCUCAGGCAGAGGAUAACUACGAACUCUCAGGAGAAGCUGGAGUUGCACCUUUUCAUGCUAAGUGGAAUUCCUGACACUGUGUUUGACCUGAUGGAGCUGGAGGUCCUUAAACUGGAGCUCAUCCCAGAUGUCACCAUCCCCCCGAUCAUUGCCCAGCUGGUCAACCUGCGAGAGAUGUGGCUUUAUCACACACCAGCUAAAAUUGAAGCUCCAGCAUUGGCUUUUUUGCGUGAAAACUUGAAGUCUUUGCACAUCAAGUUCACUGACAUCAAAGAGAUUCCCCUAUGGAUCUACAGUCUGAAGAACCUGAGUGAGCUUCAUCUGACAGGGAACCUCAGCUCUGAGAACAACCGUUACAUUGUCAUUGAUGGGCUUCGAGAGCUCAAAAGGCUCAAAGUUCUUCGUCUGAAGAGCAAUCUGACUAAGCUACCUCAGGUGGUUACUGAUGUUGGCAUGCACCUUCAGAGACUCUCUGUCAAUAAUGAAGGCACCAAGCUGAUGGUGCUUAACAGCCUGAAGAAGAUGGUGAAUCUGACAGAACUGGAGCUCAUUCGCUGUGAUCUAGAACGCAUACCGCACUCAAUCUUCAGUUUGCACAACUUGCAGGAAAUUGACCUGAAGGAUAACAACCUGAAGACCAUUGAAGAGAUUAUCAGCUUCCAGCACCUUCAUCGACUUGUCUGCCUUAAACUCUGGUACAACCAGAUUGCCUACAUUCCUAUCCAGAUAGGCACACUCACCAACUUGGAGAAGCUGUACCUGAACAGAAACAAGAUUGAGAAGAUCCCCAACCAUUUGUUUUAUUGCCGCAAACUGCGAAUCCUGGACCUGAGCCAUAACAACUUGACCUAUAUCCCGACAGACAUUGGCUUCCUCCAGAAUCUUCAAUACCUGGCAGUGACAGCCAACAGGAUUGAAAGUCUACCUAAUGAGCUGUUCCAGUGCAAGAAGCUUCGCACUUUGAACUUGGGGAACAACUGCCUGCACUCGCUGCCGUCACGGUUUGGAGAGCUGACCGGUUUGACACAGCUAGAGCUGAGAGGGAACCGUCUGGAAGGUCUGCCGGUGGAGCUGGGUGAGUGUCGACAGCUGAAGAGAACUGGUCUUGUGGUGGAAGAGGAUCUCUUUAACACGCUACCCACGGAAGUUAAGGAACAGUUAUGGAAAGUUGACAAAGAACAAGUUUAAAUAUGUCUUUCACUGUGAGUGACAGUUGACAACUCGCAGGCUGGGCCCUGAUACAGGAGGAAUGACCAGACUGUCCCACAGGACUUGCUUAUGGAGAAAAAUUGCUGCCACUAAGGUUGGGUAUUGCAAAUCAGAAACCAAUACUUAAAUAUUAUUUUUGAUAGCUUCUGUUUGUUCUGUUAGUUUCCAGUUGUCCAGUGAAAUUUUCACUUCCUUUAAAAACACUCCUAAAAAUGGCUGUAGCAGCAAUAAUCUAGCAGUGCCAUUUUGUUCUGCAGCAUGCAUUUACAUUUAUGCUUCUCUUUUAAUGGUGGUAAAACACUUAAAGAGUAACUAAACCCCUAAACCACUUUUUUCACGUUAAAAGUAUAAGGUUAUCUAGUACAAUUAUUGACUGAUCCAGGUCCAACUCUUGGUAGUUUUGUGUAAAGUAUUUGAAUUACGUAUUUUGUGGAGCGCGUCCGUUCUGCCCAGCAACAGUGAAUGCUAUUUUCUGAUUGGCUGAUAGAUCGCUAAUUCAAGAUAGCUGAAUAAACUGCGUAGAGCAAUCUGCCUUCGUAUCAUCGAUUCAUAGAUUAUUCAUUUAUUUUGCGGUGACCUUUAUCACUUAUCAGCGUGAGAAAUGUCAUGUGUGGGUAAACAUAUUGAAAUGUGUGUGUCUCGCGCCACUGGAAAUACCACAGCAAGCUGCCGCGAUUUGCACUUGCAUUCACCCGAUUGUCACGCCCCCUGCGAUGCUCACCCACCCCCCCACUCACCGAUAACUCCCUGCCCACUUUUUGUAGAUUUUUAACAUCAGGCAUUGGGCGGAGUCAGCUUCAGAACAGGGGUUUAUUUCCUCUUUAAGUAUCGCAGACGUUGCGUAAUGCUGGUUAAAAACAGAAAUGAAUCUUAAAAUGUUUUUUCCAAUUUUAAGUUGCCACAAAACUUCAGCUUCUAUCAAAGUCGAAAUUAUACAAAAGUAAAAGUCAUAAAAACAGAAAAGACAAGGCAGACACUAACUUGAUUUGGUUAUAAGGACAUUUCUCUGUCAUAAUAAAACCAUAUUGACAGAUUUGAUAUAUUAGGAAACAUGUGAUUGAGGAGAAUAGUGGAGCAUUUGUGGCUUUUAAUGCUUCAUCUAUGCUUCUGAACUGACUGGACAGGUUAGAUUCUGAGGCGCUUGUGUCUGCAAAGUUUUGUAGAAGAAAAGGGUCGUUCUUGAUGCUGUGUUUAACAGUGCAGGUGUUGUGGAGCAGCAUGUUUAUUUCUAAAUUUUAGCAUCAAGAAGCACACCUUCACUCUCAGUUUACCAAUCAGUGGGAACUGAUCAAUAUGUGUCUCAUGACUACACUGCAUUUACAGCUUUGUCUGCAAUGAAUUGCACAGAAGAAGAGGAAACUAAUUUAGGGAGAAUACUGAGAAGUUUUGAGUGAAUUGAGUCACGUCUGUGUAAGAGUUCAGUGUAAGGUUAUAUAGGAUAACACAUGAUGGAUGCUUUACUGCAGCAAUUACUGUAGUGGAUAAGAGUAUCCACUGUUCUACAUGUCUGCCAUGAAAGUUACUGUUUAAAAGUCAUGAAAGUUAGAAACCAGACAUGUCAAAUCUGUUUUCUAAAUAUCUGGCCAUGUGUUCUUCUCUGUUUAUUGUUACAUUGUAAUAUUAUGUUUCUAUCUUAAUGGGGAAAUCAUUCAGAUAUUUAAAUGCUUAACUGCAUCCCUCAAAUAUUCAGUGGUUGAGUUUAUAUCCAUCUUUAAUGUUAAUGGUUUCAGUUAAUUCAUUUUUGUGUGGUGGAUGGCCUCUUUUUUUAUUUAAAAGAACAUUGUUACAAACAAAUUCUGAAACUUCAAGGGGACAUUUUAAACUUACAAACUCUUCUCAAUGUACACAUUCCAGUAAAAAAAAAAGAAAAAUAUAUUACAUUUUGACGAUGGUAAAAAGAAAAAAUUGGAGGCUUUUGUAUCAUGUCUGAUGCCUUAACUUAAAUUUACUCUUUACUUUGUGUUGCAUACUGUUUGUGUUAUAUUUUAUAUUUGCUGUAGCAUUUGUGGAUUUUGACACAACUGCAACGAAAGCUCUCACUGUGAGUGUGGCGCCCAUGUUUUUUACUUGCCUUUUUAGGUUGCAGUAGAAAAAUACUGCACCACUGACUUCACACUCGGUUUUUGUUCAUCCCAACACCUCAAGAUUGCAAAGCGCCUGAUAACGACUCAUUUUAAGAGGAAUGCACCCACAUACUGUAGUUGUUAGGUUUCAUUUUCACAUUUUCAUCUGGGAAUGAGUGGAUUUCUUUUUCUUCCCUUGACUUAUUUCUGCCAGAGGUAAAUCAUUUGUUUCAAAGCCAUGAUAAAAAAGUAACCCUUUAUAAUUUUGACUUGCUCAGUUCAAUUUACAAGAUGGAUAAAAUAGGAUUUGUCACCUUAACUUAAUGUUUGUGUUUCCUGCUGCACAAGAAGUGUAAUAAGAAAUGAUGUAUUUGUGUUGUCUAGUGCUGACAAAUAUUUACAUACUUGUAACAUAAAUUCUUGAUUAAUAUAUUAGUUUUGUCCAUAAAUGCAGGAAAUUGUCAAAAUGCUGAUGUUUCAAAAAUGUAAAUUUGUUUUCUCUACAAACCAAAGAUAUUUAGUUUGCUGUCAUAGAAGAGCAAAGAAACUAGAUCGUAUUCACACAAGAUUUUAUUUUAAUAAAGUUUUUAUUGCAUUUUUUUAUAUAUAUAUAUAUACAGUAUAUAUUAUUAACGCACUCAAACCAGUUAAAUUGAUUUUAAAAAUCAUAAUUGGCAAUUACUUCAAAAUAAUUGGUGUAGCCUUAGUAUUGUCCACAGCUGUCUGUGUGACUGCAAGGAGCAUAGAUGUUAAUAAGCUUUACAAAUUUCCUCUCAGUUUUUAAUUAGUGUUGUAUUCUGUCACAGAUUUGUCUUAAUUUUGCAUAAUUGUAGAUAUUACCGUUUUUAUUUAUUGGCGUUUUGUUCAUGCAUUAAUGUGUUUCAGUGCUUUCAGGUCAGGUUCUGUAAUUGUCCUUGUUAUUUUUUCCAGUUUAAACGACAUCAUUUGUAAAGAAAAGUUCAAAACUGUUUUGCCUUUUUGCCUGUGUUUUUCACAGGAAGCAGCAUGAUGUGUAAGAAAAAAUGUUGAAUUGAAGAUAAAUGCACACCUCUAACACAGCACAGCACAGCACAACACGCAAACAGGGGCUCUUGUGUUUACUCUGAGAAUCACAAAAAUAUCAGUUCACAUUUUCAUAAACCUAAAUAAGAAAGCAUGGACAGUAGCAAUAUAUAGUACAAUAACUGGGUUAAAAAAAACAUGCAACUAUCCUUUAUUGUGCAAUAUUGCCUUUUUUUUAAUCUAUGUAAAAAUUGGUAGUGAUGUAGUUUUCUCAUGUGCUUGGGCUGUUUUUUUGUCACAUUCAUCUUAUUCAUACAAUAGUAAGAAAGUUGAGUAGAUGGAGAAUGCAUUUGCACUAUAGCACCUCUGCCACAAGUUACAUUACAGAAAAUGCAAAUAAUAGUAUACAGCUUUGUGUAUACAACGCAUGGUUUGUGUGUGUUCUGGUGUGGGAGGGUUGGAGUGAGUGACUGCCAGCCAUGAGAUUAAAAUGGUGUUUGAAUACUAUUUAAGUAUUUUAGAAGUAAAAUAAAUACAUAACAUGACCUUUAAACAACACAACAGGAGUAUUUUAAAUGACAUCCAGAAUGCCUCAGCAAUACACCACACAUUCAGACAAUCAGUAUAUCGUAAUAAAACACGACAUCGCAAUUUCUUUUUAGUGAGCAAUACAAGUAACUCAGUACACUACAAAUACAUAGUGUAGGUUGUUAGAGAAGUUUAAUAAGUAAAAAUAUUAGUCUCAUAGUUGCUGUUUACAGUUUUGUUCUGUAUUUCCCCGUCUGUUCUUUUAUCAUUUUAUACUUUAUUUUUUUUCUAUUUGACAGCUAAUAGAUAUGAUAGUAUAGCUACAUUUCUCAGGAAUCCAGCUAGUACUCACUAAUGUUUUCGAGUUAAUUGCCUAUUUUUAUUACAUCGUUGUUUGUUUUUUUAAUUUAUUUGAUCAGUUGUGAUAACAUUUUAUAUGCAUUUCUAUAAAUGUUUUUUUUUUUUUUAGUUUAGUGUAUUUAAUAUUGACUGUUGGAUUCAAACUAAAUGUGUUAAUGUUUUCAAAGAAACCUUUUGGUUCAAGUGUUUUUUGUUUGUUUGUUUUUGGGGGUUUUUUUCUCUCAAGGACCAGAUGUUAUUGUUAAUUUGUCAUUGCAAUACAGAGAAAGUGAGUGAGGUGUGAGUGCUAUGCGUGUGUUUGCAUGAUGGGACAUUUUGGGUACAAAAUAAAUUUGAAAAUACCCCAACCACCCCCAGGCAUUAACAGUGACAUGAAUGAUGUGUCAUGCUUGAACAUGUGUCUCUCUUGUAUACUGUCCUCUAAGGGUAAAAUAAAAAUAAACUUGGUUUAAUCAAA